AUGGAACCACCAUGGAUGGAUGACCUCGCAGAUGACCUCCAGAGCAUUAGUUUCAACUCCACAACCACCACUACAGCCACCGACAUCAACCGUAGCACCAGCUCCGGCUCCGAAACCACUUGGACGACAGCUACCUACUCCGCUCGCCAUAACCUCUCCACCACUUUCAAAUCCACAGCUCCUUCUGGUAACCCCUGCUUAGACGCAAUCCGGCUCGCAGGAUCUGAAUCCGGUGGUAAUCUAUCCCUCACUGACCUUCGAUUCAUAAACCGUAUCGGCGCCGGAGACAUCGGUUCCGUCUACCUCUCUGAGAUUAAACGUUCUUCUUCAUCAUCUUCCUCCUCCUCUCCUGCUGUUUUUGCCGCGAAGGUGAUGGAUAAGAGAGAGCUAGCAAGCCGGAACAAGGAAGGUCGUGCGAAAACCGAAAAGGAAAUUCUAGAGAUGUUAGACCAUCCAUUUCUACCGACGCUAUACGCGUCGUUGGAGUCACCGAAAUGGUCGUGUCUGUUGACGGAAUUCUGCCCCGGCGGAGACCUCCACGUUCUCCGGCAACGUCAGCCCUGUAAACGCUUCCCUGAAUCCGCUGUCAGGUUUUACGCAUCGGAGGUGGUGGUGGCGCUCGAGUAUCUACACAUGUUAGACAUCGUUUACCGGGAUCUGAAACCCGAAAAUGUUCUGGUCCGAUCUGAUGGUCACAUCAUGCUCACUGAUUUCGAUCUCUCUUUGAAAUGCGACGGCUCUACUUCCACCCCAGCACAGGUCUUCUCCGAUCACAACCGCCCAAAUCCGCCGUCGUCAGCUGAUCAUUACGCCUUCGAUCCACCCAAAGUUACUUCGUCUUCAUGCAUCCUUCCAAACUGUAUAGUCCCUUCCGUCUCCUGCUUCAACCCUAGACGGAAACGGAAAACGAAGCUCGGGAAUCAAAGAGGUGUGCAGUUCGUGGCGGAGCCGUUGGACGUCAGGUCGAUGUCUUUUGUCGGGACACAUGAGUAUUUAGCUCCGGAGAUUGUCUCCGGUGAGGGACAUGGUAGCGCGGUGGAUUGGUGGACGUUAGGGAUUUUUAUGUUCGAACUUUUCUACGGUGUUACGCCUUUUAGGGGGAUGGAUAACGAGCUUACUUUAGCGAAUAUCGUAGCUCGAGCUCUGGAGUUUCCGAAAGAGCCUGUGAUUCCGGCAAUGGCGAAGGAUCUGAUAUCUCAGUUGUUGGUGAAGGAUCCGGCGUGGCGAUUGGGGUCGACGAUGGGUGCAUCGGCCAUUAAACAGCAUGCGUUUUUUCAAGGUGUGAAUUGGGCUCUGUUGAGAUGUACAACACCGCCGUUUGUCCCGCCACCAUUUACUAGACGUGAGGUUGUGUCAGAUGAUAGUUGCUCCGACACGGCGGUGGAAUACUAUUAGCACCAUUCCGGCAGCCAAUUUUUUGAUCCUGGUUAGGGUGUUUGAGUCGAGUUGCAGUUAAGAUAAGAAUUCACACACUGUGUACAGAAUUUGGAUCAUCAUGUGACUUGUCGUGGGGGGAAACUUUUGGAAUCAUAUAGUUAUAAUUUCAUCAAACUUAUGAAAACAACUUGUUUGAAGUAGCGGAACUAUUUUUGUUCAAGGUUAAUGAAGUUAUUUAACUGGGUUUAUCUAUUACAGUUAAAUAUUUAUGUCUUUUAGUCGUUAUUUAUUAGCUGAUUAAACUUAAAACCCGAU